GAGAGAGAGAGAGAGAGAGAGAGAGAGAGAUUUGCAAGAACAUGAACUGUCAAAGGAGGGGGAAGGGAGAAAAGUUUGGGAGCAGUCACAUGAUCUCCAACAGUUGAAGGGACCAGUUGCAUCUGUAUCCAUAAUGCGAGUAUUAUUGCAAUUUAAAGAGUACAAGUGGUGUGUCUGAAUAUUGUUGAUUUAUUUUUUUGUUUUUUUAUGACCAUGACUCCUAGAAUAUCAUAAUUUUUAUCGCUUUAAUUCAGCUCUGAAUGAAACAAAAACAUCCCAAACCAAGUAGGCAACAAAACCUUUGCUCUCUCUCUCUCUCUCUCUCUCUCUCUCUCUCUCUCUCUCUCUCUCUCUCUCUACUGUUCAAGGACCAAGUCCACUUCAAUCCGUCCAACUCCCAUAAAAAGCUUGCAGUUUAGGACGCAUGCGAGGAUCAUCCCAGAGAUCAUCAGACGUUCUUGGAGUACUAGUAGUUCCUGGGGCGAAUUUGGCAUAGUAUUUCCACUGAUCAAUACAAGUCAACUCUUAAUUAGGCGCUACACGUGCGCGUUUUGUGUCAGUGUCAAUCUAACAACUGAUCAAGAAGAAACUCAAUUUUCGGAAGUUGUGUGUAGAAAUCUGAAGUAGCCAGCCAUGAUGGAAGGAUUAGAGAUAUAUGACGAUGGAAAAAGUACCGACAGGAGUACUGAGGAACAGGCUGAAAAUGCCUCUGCAGUGUCUUCACAAAGGUGCUCAUCGUUUGACUUGAAUGAGGAAGCCUGUAGCGAAGUGGGUGAUAGUAUGGCCGAAGUAGCUGAAUUCAGCAUUGAUGAGGAUAAUGAUCAGAUCAAAAGAAGGGAUAGGAAUUCAGCUAAUUAUAAUGACCCCUCCGGCUCCGGCACAGGAUCAGGAAAUGAAAGGAUCAAGACUAGAGUCAGGCAAUAUGUUAGAUCCAAAAUGCCUCGGCUUCGUUGGACCCCUGAGCUCCAUCUCUCCUUUGUUCAUGCCGUCGAAAGGCUCGGCGGACAAGAGAGAGCAACUCCCAAGUUAGUUCUUCAGCUAAUGAAUGUGAGAGGACUUAGUAUUGCCCACGUAAAGAGUCACUUGCAGAUGUACAGAAGUAAGAAGCUUGACGAGGCCGGGCAAGUACUGGGUCAAACAUACAGACCCCUGCAAGGAAGGAAUCACAUGCAAGGAAUUUUGAACCAAAUAACCAGCAGUACUACGUCGACACAUCAACACUUCAGAAUGGAAAAUGGUGGGAUAGUUCUUGCAAGACAUUCUGAUGGGAAUAAUGUUGCUCAUGAUCUUUUGCAGUCACCCUUCUCCCGACCAUCAUUAGACAUCAAAGCUAGCUUCGCAAGGCAGCAGCAGUGGACUACUAAUCAGCAUGACAUAAGAAGGGAAAGUUAUCUAAUAAGGAAAGAUCUUGGACGAGACAAGGGUUUGAGCAGCUCAGCAGCCUUCCAAACUCAAGCAGGCUGGCCGUCAACAGCUCCAAACCAAAUUCAUAAGGUACUGGACACAAACAUUGGUAUUGGGCCCAUGAGACCCAGCCAAUUUCUUGAGGAAAAGAGAUGGCCUCCAUUCGAAACGAUUAGUACUAGUCAAUGGAAACUGAAGAGGAGUACUCCUACCAAUAGUGCUACGUGGGAUAAUGCUAUCACCAAGUUCGUUGGGAAAACCUACAGUACAAGGCCAACUGAAAAAUGGAACCGGCCUGCAGGAAACCUCACAAAGGAUAGGCAGUUCCCUUCAAGCUCUUCAGAUGAUCUGGUCAGAAAUUCCAAUAGCUUUAAACCCGAGUUUGAGCCCCCAUUUCGGCUUGAGCUGAAUCAAGAAAAGAUGUCAACGGACAAAGAAUGGCUCCCCGACUUGCAACUAAGACUUAGCCAAAGGGUCGGGAACGAGGAUGAGAUCAAGAGUACUCGUGGCACAGCAACUCAUGAAAUUAGCACUAAGCUUUCGCUCUCUUAGCUUACAUUUGUCACACAACUUGCACGAUCUAGUUACAAAGCUCAUAGAGAUUACAGACACAAAAAUGUUGUGUACGUCGUAACACAACAAGACCAAAUUGGGAGUGAGUACUUGGGAUUUGACUAUGUAAAAAAAAAAAAAAACGAUAGGAGUGAUCAAAUCGAUUGUUUUAAGUGCUUGUCCUAAGUCCAUUAGACGUACCAGAUAAAUGUUUUUGUUGAUUCCUCGGACAGUGUUAGUUUUGCAUAAAACUAGGUAAACGCAAGAUUAAUAACUUGGCGAAGGACAGGAUUGAUCAGUGUUUGUCUACGCAUGCUCCUCCUCGAUCGGAAAAAGUUCGGUGCAUGUAAAAGGUGCUGCAACUUGUGAUCAUAGAUGUGAUAUAUAUGUGAUAUAUAGUUAAACAAAAAAUUAAAAGGAAGAAGUUCUGGGAAAACGUUGGCGGCCGGGACGUAGAAGCUAGGAAAAAGGCAACGUGCUGCAGCUUGAAUUAUUCCCAGAUUAUGAUAGGUAAAGCGAUCUGAUACAUUAUACGCAGGUCGAUGGAGAAUAUAUUAUUGCGCAUGCAGAGGCUGGAUUGCCUGUUUUCAAUUUUUGGGUAAGAACGCGCCUCCAAAAAAGGAGGCUUGGAGAAAAUAUAUAGACGUUAUAGAAUCUUAAUUACAUUCAACUUUCAUCAUCAAUGCC